ACGUGUAGCUAGUAGAAAACGAAAGUGUGCUUACUGCGACCCGCCACGUUCUACAUACUUCCAUUGCAGUCCCUGUGGAGUGUAUGUGCUUCACUGUCCACUAGUUUGUGGGACCGUGUCUGUGUGAGUGCGCUCGCGCGUUCAUUUUCUGUAGCGUGCAUUCGAAGGACGCCUGCGGCGUCUAAGCGUGCCGGGCUGUCUCUGGGUGUACACGAGUUGCCGAGCGAUGGUGGCUCACCGCGAUUAGCGAUCACCACGAACUCCACGAUACCGACGACAACGACCGCCAUUGGCAAUGUCACUAAACCCUGCUUGCACCAUCGGUAGGUGUCAGCCACCGUUGACGCUAGAGGUGAUUAGUUGUGUUUCCACCGAGGGCGCUGCUAACUAUCAAUGCAGAAAGCGCCCUCCGGCGGUCACUGGGCACUAACUAGUACCCGCUCGGCUUGGGUGCAGUAGUGAGGUACGAUAAUAGCAUGCGAAGCGUCCUCACAAUCAGUCACGAGUAGAGCUGUAAAGCUAGCAAAACAGCAAGUUCAUGCUGGCCAGCAGAGACCUGCCCUCCUGGACCACUAGUACAAUAGUUGUUCACAUUAGACAGUCAGUUAGUUGAGCACGUUCUAAACUGCCGACGAACUGCCGGCUGCAACAGCAAGAAGUCAUUACAUAAACUGAAUAAUAGCCGAGGAUUGAAACUCAGGCGCUAAGUAAUAUCUGUUACCGAAGGCCGCGGCGACGGAAGCUCAACCAGUGGAGCGUUAAACAAACGAAACACGAGACAGGGUCGAUGCCACGCGCAAGCCUUGACGUGGUCUGGAAACGUCGAUGCCGCGAAGCCAAAUGCAGUAUGUAUGCCCAUUAAGUGGCAGCUACUGCUACGAUAGCAGCCCAGCCAUGGAUCGUAUCGGAUUUUAUCGCGACAGAACGUAACUCGUUAAAAUGAUACUGAUUCAAUAUCCAGUAUAAAUAAAGCGAUACGGUAGCCAAUGUACGCUGAUGGUAAUAGAAGGAAUAAACUUGCCACGGAUACCAACUACUGAUACCGUGAAGAAAGGACAGGCGACUGCUGCGCACUGUGAGACAAAAGCAAGAAAAGCAGAAGCGAAUUGAGCACUGUUUUGCUGAACUUUCUUGGUUAACUGACCUUCGAGACGAGGCAGAAGUCGCAAGUUAGUGGAAAAAUAGAGCUGCGGCAAGUUACCCCAAUAAAAAAGACAGUGACAGAUAAAACAAAGUAACAAAUAAUCACGCUCGCCUAUACUGUCACUUUAUCAAUCGUUAUGUAGUUUUAAUUUUUGCCGGGACUGUGAUGAUACUGUCGACAUACGGAAAAAGUAUAGUGGUAAGUGACAUCUGGUCGUUGGUGCUUGGUCAUCUUUCCGGUGCCUAACUCAAACCGACUCAUCCUCUCCGCUCAGUCACCGAUUGCCUCAGCCCUCUGCCAGCUAGACGAGUACAAACCGAUACAACACGGUUCCUCGGCCGAUUUGCCGUCAGAUUAUCAGAGGGAAAGGGGAACCGUGGGGGCUUGAAGCCUUAUUGCCCUCCCAAAACGAGAAAGGGGCUUUUGUUUGAAUCGGCCUGCCUCGGGUCGCCAUAGCCGAAACACUCCAUAAGAGCGUCGGACGAGAGCGGAGUGGGCACUUCUCUCCUUCACCAAGAAGGCCACUAAGGCGCGGAGCAGACUCCGAGCACAGCGGUGUGACACAGACACAGCCCGUCGGCGCUGCGCACUACUCUCUAUAGUAUACAGGGCUGAGAGCACUCGCGCUGCUACCACUACUGGCUGCAAUUGCUACAGUUGGUAUCUUACGAUUGGGCUGCAAGGGGUGCGCGUCACAGCUUGAUAGCAAUAGCUUAUUGUCGUCGUUGUCGCCUCUUUGCCGCUAGCUGAAGAGAAGACGAAUCGCGGCUAGUCGAUCGUCGUAUCGCUUCCCGAACGAACGGAGCGAAAGGAAAAAGUUCGUGGUGAAGCCAAGACAAAGUAGGUCGAUGGUCCAGUGUAGAGGUUACUAAUAGUGGCGCUGUCGCCAUAAUCAUGGUAUCGGCAGUCCUCUUCGAUCUGUCCUUGUACUUGCCCGUUGUUGUUCAUCGUUCAUUUCGUGUUGAUGGCGAUUAUAUGUUUUGCGUUUUGCCGUUAUACAUGUGUGUAUCUGUAACGGGCGGUAGGAGAGAGGACCUCAGUGCAGGGGUUCGUCUUGGCCAUCUCUGCUCAGCGAUGUGAUUCCAGUGCUGUCUAGUGAAGGGCGGCCUAGUGGUCCUGCAGCUGAGAGCGGAACGGAACGGAACGGAACGGAACGGAACAAAGCGACGAAUAGAACGAACAACGCGCGCGUGAGAACGACCGUAAGAAGACGCAUCCUGUUUUGCCUUCUUCAAUAUAUCUCUUCAGCUGAUAUUAUUUGGUCAAAGGGGAAAUGAUCUGACCUGACCAGCUUCUUUCUCCAUAGCCGCUUAGAGUAGGCUGUUCGCCAUUUUCAGAUUAACCAAUACCGUUGCAUUCCGUUACGUAUGGGCCGAAACAUACGAUACACGCAUACAUUGUCCAAAUCUUGUGUGUCUGUGUGUGAUAUACAUACAUAUAUAUGUAUACAUAGAUAUAUAUAUGAUGGAAGGUUAUAAAAGAUGGCUAUUUCUAUUGGAAGACAAGGCUAAACGAAGAAAACUGAGGGCAGUGGCAGAGAAAAACGCUCAGCGUUCAGAACGACAGAGCAGGAACGGCUGAGCGGAAACGGCAACAACAGUGGAAAAUAAUAACAAACCUAAGCAAUUUAACAAUCGGUGUGGCAUCUUAUUUUGUGGCAAAAAAACAAUAAAAGCAUACAGACGCAGAGGACUGAGGAGUGCUGCGACUCUGUUUGUUCUUACCAAGAAUAAUCAUGUUCCUCCAUUCCCGUAGUGCUACUGAAUGCCGCCGCUCACGCCAAUUGCUACUGCUGCUGCUGCAGUUGCUACUGUUAACGCUUUUAUCAGACCCUAGUUUAAAGGUAUCUCUAUAGAUACUAAAGCGGUAUGGUGUUCGUUACCACGUUCAUCUCGUCAGCCGAAUGAAUAUCGUCAGAGCAUUUUUUGGCCCGCUCCUCCGGCUGGCAGCCGCACUUCUGUCCUUUGGUUAUGUCAUAGCGAGAGUAACCGUGUGAGUUCUGCGAGCGUUGUCAGGCAGGCCAUAAAACGCCGAGAAAAAACAUGCUGGCAACAUUUUCCAGGUGCUGAGAUGGUACACGGCAUUGACAUUGAAAAUACGGUAAAUCAACUGUGAAUCCGCUGCCGUUGCCGUGGCUGACUCGAAUAAUCAGUCGUUCUACUGCUGAACAGAAAAUCAGCAAGCGACAAUGCGAUAUGCCUCUAUAUCGACCCACAAGAUGAUGCGCUCAAAUAAAUUCGAUUGUGAAACUACGACACGACUCUGGCUAGCCGACAUAGUCGUAAGAUAAACAGGAAAAGCAAUGAGCCAUACUCUCACCACGAACUGUAGAACGCGGCAGAUUCAAAUAACCCGGCGUUUAAGUCGUAAUCUGUUAACGAUACCCGUGAUCGACAACUCUAUAACAAACGGCGUAGUAACGAAAUGGACAAAAAUAUUUUCAACACUAAUCAAGUGAACUCAGACCAACUUGUACAAGGAGUCCCUGUCUGCAGCCUAUCCUGCCACCUCUUACACUAAACGUAGUGCGACAUCUAAUUUAAUCUGAAGACCACAGAAGGUCAAAAUCACGUCCACAGCAACCGUGACAACCAGAAGGAGCAGAAGCAAUGGUCGCAGCGACGAAAAAAGAAUAGAGGAAUAAAUGUACCAACUCGACCAUCAAGGUCUCUGUCGACGAGCGCAACAGGCCAAAGCACCCGCCAUAUUGUUGUUGCUAGUUGCGUCGUACCAACCUCCAACGCCGCCAGCUCAACGAAGGCGAUUAGCCCGCGCACGAGGCGCUCAGCGGUGGUAGAUUCGAGGCUGUCGGCCAGAAGCAUGGGCAGCGUAGACCACAGGCAACAGUCGCACAUCAGCAACUCUUCGACACUACCGAACAGCCGCGCGGACAAGUUUAAGAAUAUUUCGUCAUCGAAGGGCGUGCUUCUCCGCGAACUUCCACUUAAGAAAGCCUACACCGAGAUGAAGCCCUAUCUCCUUAAGCGUAUGCAGCUGGCAAGGGAACAGCAAGGCCAAAAUCAAUUAUACCACAACAACAAAAACGCGGUUAACAACAACCAUAAUAAUAACAACAACAUCAGCGAUUCGACCGUAAACGGCAACAACAGGGACUGCGACAAGGACAAAGGGACGUUGUCGAUCAAAAGUGAUUCCAACGGAAAAACGAAAAAAAAGCCUGAAAAUGAUAACUGCUAUGAGACGUCGUCACAGCUGUCACCCGCAAUACCCGUGGGCCAGAAUACCUCAACUCGUCUGCUGGAGCGCGGUAACUUGACGGAUAGGACACAACACGAGCUCACUCAGGACGUUGCUGUUACGGCAAUAUGUGAUGCCAUCAACACUAAUAGUGGCAAUAAUAACAAUGGCGGCAACCAACAACAACAGCAGCAAGCAACAAAUAACGGGAGAAAUUCAUCAACAGAAACUACCUCGCCAGCUGGCACCGCUACUGGUGGAGUGGCAGGGGAAGUUCAGUAUGGACAGCUAGGCACCCCAGGAACAACUGCGCCCACAGUUGUCAUUAAUCCAGAUAUUGCAAGCAAAGCUCUUCUCGUCGCUCAGAGGGUUCAGCGCGAAGCGAUGGAAUCGGGCAAAGCCAAAAGUCGCCAGCCCAAAUGUGCCGUGUGUCGAAACCACCGGCAGGAGGUGCCUCUCCGAGGCCACAAACGAUUUUGUCCGUACAAAGACUGUAAAUGUGUAAACUGCACGCUCAUCACUCAGCGAAGAGACAUAAUGGCAAAGCAGGUGGCACUUCGUCGAGCUCAGGCUCAGGACGAAGCUUUGGGCUUAACGCGCGCCAGUCCAGAACUGCCGCCGUUACAAUCCCUCCCAUCACCUAUUCCUGCUUCCACUUCGCUGUCCAUUUCAUCUGGGGGGGCUUCGAGUGCACCCCCAACGCCAGGGAGUGCCACUCCGGCUGCGUCAACAACACCAGCCACAUCAAAGCCAGCUUCGCCGGUUACCAUGCCACCAGAUGAUGAACCUCGUCCCAUCCCGACACCACCUCAUAGUACUCAUAAUUCAACCUCAAGCUCACCCGAGCCGACAGUCCGAUAUGACUACAAGAAAAAAACGUCCGCGGCGCGUCUUGAAUCGCUCCUGGCUGCGCGGGAAGCCUCGCGAGAGGCUCGCGACGAGCUAUGGCCGCCGCCUCAGCUGCCGCUUAGUCCACGCAGUGCAAGUCCACAAGAAGCACCCAUGGCAUUGCCUUCUCUCGCGAUGUCACCGGCUGAUCAGCAAGUGGACACACCGCUUUCGGAGUCACCAACCCCCGCGGUGGCUUUCAGUCAGCCAUUGGCUCACGAGGUCAAGACGGUGUUACUCGAACAGGCAGCAUUUGUGCACCAGCAGGGCGCUCAAACUGGAGUAGCAGCAGGCAGUAUGUGGCAGGUGCCUGGAAAUGGUCUUCCGGCGAUACCUCACUAUCAUCUUCAACCGGCUGCUGCGCUUGAAGUGGCUUUCAGAGGCACUCCUGCGAUUGCUCCACCCGCCGGUGCGCCAUUCAACCAGGCAACAGCACCUUUCAUCAGAGGAAAUUCCCUUUGGCUCUGUAUGCAGCCCGGUCACGGAGUCCUGGUGCCUACAGACAAGCUGCCGCCAGGCCCCAAAUUGCAAGUAGCGCGGACAACCGCUCACGGCUUCGAUGCACCUGUUGCCCGAUGCCCGGUUGAGGAACAGCAUGCCUUUACUAUGCGGGGCGGGUAAAUCUGAAUGGUCUUUAAACGACUACAGCGGUUUCGCACCGCUAAAAAAUCUGGCCUUUGCUUGUAGAGGCCACGCCUCGUUAUGACUAUAACGAGAAUGCGGAUUACGGUGAUGUUGAUGGCAACCGAAAAUCCAAACAUGGCCGGUUACGUACGAUCGGUUGUAUGAUAUUGAACAAGCUUCCAUCACCUAUAAUCAAUCAUACUAAGCAAGUAAUGACGCUAACUCAGUUUAUCAAGGAACCGUUUACCAACAUCGAUCGCAUUCGAUCGGUGUGGCAAAGCAAGGUGCAACAAGAUAAAAACUAGUCUCAAACCGAUGCUCAUUUAGUAAGUACGUGAUAAUAGCAUUUCUUGACAAUUAAGUUCGCAUGCAACACACAGAUCCAGAAUACUACCUGCGUGGAAUUAAAUCAACAUUUUCAGUUUGAUUUAGAACACCUAAUCUGGCCAGUAGGAUGACCGUAACCGCAAAAAAAGUUUUUGGAAAAACGUAGGGUAAGUUACUAUUGAAUGACUACAUAGAAGUGCAGCACCUAAGGUAGCGAUAGCGAGAAGGUCGGACGCUCGACCAACGAGACGACCCUUAUUAGCUCGAGACGACUAUUAAAUAUUAGCGCGUUCUAGCUGAUUUAUCAACAAUGCCUGCUGGCGUGAACGUGUGACUGUGCGACGUCCUGUUCGGCCUCUAAGAGGCCUUCAUAGUCUAGAGUCAGUAUCGACGAUCGUCGUGUAUCACUGGUCGCUCACCCGGAUCCCGCGCAGUUUACAUACACUCCUAGCAUCACUAAACCGAAGACGCACAAAAGUAAUAGUAGUACUAAUCAAAAUAAUGUUGAAAUAUUGUUAAUAUAAUAAAUUCAUGAUAGCAGUCGACCAUGCUAGUACGCCCACCAGGAGCAAAGAAGGCUGUAUCAUUUAACACAGUUCUUAGGCAUACAUCCACGUAAAGGUGAAAUAAAUAGGUAUAUAUUUAUUAUAUUGACAUAAGAAAAAUCGAAAGAUGAUGAGAUGAGAUUAGUUCAUUCAAGCCAGUGACAGCAACCGCCAGAGACGCGUAGUAGUUCAUUCUAUCUCUCGAAAGAAGACCAUCUCGAGGACGAUUGCACCUUGACGAAUUGAUGGACAUUUUUCCAUAUAAAGGGUAAGAGUAAAUUGCAAAAAAUGGAUUCCGCCUAUCUUAAGAUGUUGCUGGUUACCAAUGGCAUAAGAUGAGCGGAACGAUGAAAUGAAUCCAUAGUGGAAAAAUCAUAUUCAUUUACUGGUAAAAGACAGGAUGAUUGAUGGAGACAGGACGAUAUCACUUAUGACAGCAAUGAUGAUUACUAUGUUUAUUAUUAAUAGGACGCAUUUUGAUUGUUUUAAGUUUAUUUCCUUCCAAUCUGCGUGUUAGUGAACGAAGCAAAUUUUCACAGUAUGACCUUUCAAUAAUCAUCAUCAUUAUUAUACUAUAUAAAGAUAUGAAUUUGGGAGAUAAUAAUAGUUAAACGGUUGACUGAGUCUGCGGCAAAAAAUGCGGGCAUAUGCCCUCGUUCGUUAUUUCAUCUUUAACUAAAAUGUCUAAAUCGAGAGUCUCGAUGAUGCGUAUAAACGAAAUAGAUAAGAGCAACCAGAUAACAAUAGAUCUUAUAGAAAUAGGCUAGGAGAACGCUUACCGGCUACCUGCCGUUAUUCCUGCUAUGAUGGAUACUAUUCACGUCCUUGGCGUAGGGACACUCUACUAUUACGGACAGACUGAUCUCAAGUUUAACCAAACCUGUCUCUUGACUUUGUUACUACGAGUAGUAAUGAUUAGAGAGAGUUGAGACGCAUAACUAUUACAGUUAACCCUAUAUAACAUUAUCUAUGUUUACGAUAGAGGUGAAAUGAUGUAUCUAUUAUAAUAUAAAACGAGAGAGGGAAUACUGGUAAACCACUGCCACUGGUCUCAGUGAAGCUCGGAAGGAAUCUACCUACAGUGGACGGCGGUAAACAACGUUGCAGACGACACGCACAAUAUUUCAUUAAUAUAUACAUACCUAAACAAUAGAUACAGUAAUAUUUAUAUUAAAAAACGA